GUUCGCUCAAAGGCUCUAAACCAACCCAUCGGCACGGACUAGGGUUUUUCCCACCCUGUCUUCCCCCCUCUACUUUUUUCAAGCCACUCAGGGGGAGAAAAAAAAGGGCGGGAGAAAGAGUCAGUGAAAUGCCACUCCUUUAGUCCUCCACUUCUUUCAUUUCCUUCGCAUAUCCGCAACAUAGGUCGGAAAAUGUCGAUUAAAGUUCGUCAUCUAACAGUUCUUGGCGAGUUCAAGCCCUUCGGCUUAAUUGCAGAAGCUUUAGACGGAAAGCCAGUCGAAACUGUUACUGAUAAGUACGAUUACUUCCUCUUCAACCCUAAAAUUACCCGAGAAAGCGACGAUUUUUCCGAUCACGAUUCUUCAGAAACUUCUUCGUGCGAUCGAAGCGACCAUGAGCUCUUCAUUAGAGGAAACAGGAUAAUAUGGAGUGCUGGUUCUCGGGUUCAGAAAAGAUACACCUUACCUUCUUCUGUCAUUAUGGUCUGCUGGUGUCGUCUGGGUGCUGUAUCAGAAGCCUUUCUUUGUGUUUUACAAAUUGAUACUUUGACAAUCUACAACACAUCAGGUGAAGAAGUAUGCAUUCCUCUCCCUCAUAGCAUCACAUCUAUCUGGCCUCUUCCUUUUGGUUUACUUCUUCAACAGUCAACUGAUGCGAACUGUCCGAGCCAUGUAACUUUUCCAUCUUCAAGUACAGUGUCAAAUGCCCGUGAUUUAUUACGGCCAAAAAGAGAAUUCGGGUACAGUCCACAGAAUUCCGUCAAUGCACUCAAUUCGUUUGAUAAUAUUGUCAAGGGGGAUGUAACUUCAUUGUCAUCUCAUCUGAUUUUGAAAGAUCCACUUGAAGAACCCCAGGCAGCGUUUGUGGAAGAAAGGGUUAAACUGACCACCAUGAAAGAUUUUGAUGAAAUAACAAUUUGGACUAGUGAAACCAUCCCUCUAAUGGCAUCGUAUAAUAAAGGAAAAAUGCAGCAUUCUGUAUGGCUGGUUGAAGUUUCUAAUUCAAAUCUUGAAGCCACAGGCACAAGUCUGUCCGAUGUGGUUCCUUGUGGGGUGCAACAAAAACAGUUCUCUUUCAGGAGGAUAUGGCAGGGGAAAGUUGCUCCAUCCGCUGCUAGUAAGGUUUUUCUGGCCACUGAUGAUGAUGGUGUGCCUGUAAUUUGUUUUCUUCUCCAAGAACAAAAAGGACUUCUAUCAGUAAGGCUUCAAACCGUGGAGAUGAGUAAUGAGACCCUCUUCGAUAUCAAACCUGACACAAGCUGGAGUAUCCCUGCAAUUUCUGCUGCUCCUGUGAUUGUGACCCAUCCAAGAGUGAAAGUUGGAUUGUUACCAUUUGCAGACAUCAUUGUCUUGGCUUCAGAAAACAACCUUGUUCUUUAUUCAGGAAAGCAAUGCCUUUGUCGGUAUUCGUUGCCAUCUGGUCUGGUUCAUGGCCUGGUGCGGCAUAGUGGUUCAGAAUCAACUGCUGGUUCACAUGAUUUAAGGAUCAUAGAAUUAGCUGAUGCUGUGGAGGGGCGAAUUAAUGUAAUUGUCAAUAGUGGCCGGAUGUUUAGAUGUGCUUUACGUAGAAGUCCUUCUUCUUCAUUGGCAAAUGAUUGCAUCACAGCAAUGGCCGAGGGGCUCCGGUCCAACUUUUAUGAUCAUUUCCUUGGUCUCCUAUGGAGAGAUGGUGAAUCUGCAUAUUUGUCUGAGGCUGAUGCUUGUGUUGAUGCAGAAUGGGAAUCUUUUAGUAGUAUUAUAAAGCGCAUGUGUCAGAAAUACUCUAGGGUCAUCCUUCAAAAGCUGUCAGAUCCACAGCCUCGAUCAGCAUGGGAAUUUCUUAUUACUAGCAAAUUCCAUCUGACUUAUGAUAAAUGUACAUAUAGUACGGCUAGUUCUCAUGCAACAUCACGUGAUUUGUGGGAUUUUGAUUGUUCUACUGCACAGGUAGAGGAUAAACAAAGUUCAGGGACCUCAUUCCUUGUUCACUUUUUGAUGGAGACUUUGGAUUGCUUGCAUGCCCUGUAUGAAAAUUUGAAACUCAAUAAUCUUCGGAAACGGGACCUGGGUCUUCUGGUUGUUCUAUUGUGUAAUAUUGCUGCUUUUCUGGGUGAAGAAAGCUAUUUGGACUACUAUGUUCGUGAUUUUCCCCAUCUUGCGGAUAAAAUUAGGUCUUGUGGGACUGCUAUUUCUCCUAGAGCACCACCUUGUUUAUUGAGAUGGCUUGAUAGCUGUUUGCGACAUGGAUGUCAUAUGGCGAAUAUUCGUGACCUUCCGUUAUUAAUUUGUAAAGAUAGAGGUUCUGUGGUGAGUUGGUCUCGGAAGAUAGUGUCAUUUUAUAGUCUGUUAUUAGGUGCAAGGAGGCUAGGCAAGAAGCUCUCUUCAGGGGUUUAUUGCAGUGUUGCCCCAGGAUCAUACCGCUCUCCUGAGGAGCAUACUGUCUUGGCAAUGGCUGCAGAAAGAUUUGGACUCCAACAACUGGACUUACUACCUGCUGGUGUAUCUCUUCCUUUCCGACAUGCACUGGACAACUGUCGAGAAUCUCCUCCGACAGACUGGCCCGCAGCAGCUUAUGUUCUAAUUGGCAGGGAAGAUUUGGCACUGUCAUGUGUUGAACAUUUGAGCAAAUCCAAGGAAAUCGAAUCCCGAAUGAGUUUGAAUUUGAUCUCUAUAUCUACUCCUUACAUGUUACGUUUGCACCCUGUUACAAUCCCUUCAUCAAUUUCUGAUCCUAUGGGAUUGGAAGGUGUCAAGAUUGAAGAUGCCGAUUCCCUUGAUGGAUCUAUGGCAGAUGGCAUGGAGCAUAUCUUCAAUUCCAGUACACAGUUGCGCUAUGGUCGAGAUCUGCGGCUGAAUGAGGUUCGGCGCCUUUUGUGCUCAGCCAGACCUGUUGCCAUCCAAACAUCUACAAAUCCUAGUGCCUCUGAUCAGGACCAUCAACAGGCACAGCUAUGGCAGCUAGCCCAAAGGACCACAGCUCUUCCUCUUGGCCGUGGUGCAUUUACUCUUGCUACCACCUGCACUCUUUUGACAGAGGUCUUUCUAGUCCCAAAGCUUAAUUUGUCAGGUCGAUUGCCAGCCCAACAGAAUGCAACUGUUAAUCUAGAUCCUAACAUUAGGAACAUUCAAGAACUUAGAUCUUGGCCGGAGUUUCACAAUGCUGUGGCAACCGGGUUAAGGCUGGCUCCCUUUCAGGGGAAAAUGUCAAGAACCUGGAUUCUAUAUAACAGGCCAGAGGAGCCAAAUGUUACUCAUGCAGGCCUUCUGCUUGCGCUAGGUUUACAUGGACAUUUGCGUGUUUUAUCAGUCACUGAUAUAUACCAGUACUAUUCCAAGGAACAUGAAAGCACAACUGUAGGACUGAUGCUAGGUUUGGCAGCAUCUUAUAGGGGCACUAUGCAACCAGCAAUAUCAAAGUCACUGUAUUUUCAUGUUCCAGCUCGUCAUCCAUCGUCCUUUCCGGAUUUGGAGUUUCCAACACUUCUUCAGUCUGCGGCACUCAUGGCUGUUGGGCUUCUUUAUGAAGGUUCAGCACAUCCUCAAACAAUGCAAACUCUUCUGGGAGAAAUUGGCCGUAAAAGUGGAGGUGAUAAUGUACUUGAAAGAGAAUGUUAUGCUGUUUCUGCAGGGUCUGCAAUGGGACUUGUAGCUUUGGGUCGAGGCGAAGAUGUACUUGGUUUCAUGAGAACAUUGGUGGAUCGGCUGUUCCAAUACAUUGGUGGCAAAGAAUCUCAGAAUCAGAGAUCACUUACCAUAAAACCAUCAACAGAUGAGCAAAAUCGUGGUGCUGGACAGAUGAUGGAUGGUACAUCUGUCAAUGUUGAUGUCACAGCCCCUGGAGCUAUAAUUGCUCUUGCUCUGAUGUUUUUGAAGACAGAGUUGAAAGUUAUGGCAUCUAGGCUUUCUAUUCCUCAUACCCAUUUUGAACUGCAAUAUGUGAGACCUGAUUUUAUAAUGCUCCGUGUUAUUGCAAGGAAUUUGAUAAUGUGGAGCAGGGUACAGCCUUCUGGGGAAUGGAUUCAAUCCCAGAUUCCUGAUAUUGUGAAGAUGGGUGUAUUGAGCAUUGGUGAUGAGACAGCUGACUGUGAUGAAUUGGAUGUUGAAGCACUGGUUCAGGCAUUUGUCAAUAUAGUAGCCGGAGCAUGCAUUUCUCUUGGAUUGAGAUAUGCUGGAACCAGAAAUGGUGAUGCACAAGAAUUACUUUACAAUUAUGCUGUCUACUUUCUAAAUGAGAUCAAGCCUGUCUCUGUUACAAGUGGGAUUACAUUACCCAAGGGAUUGUCUCAGUAUGUAGAUCGAGGCACAUUAGAGAUAUGCCUGCACCUCAUUGUUCUUUCCCUUUCUGUCGUUAUGGCAGGCUCAGGACAUCUACAGACGUUUCGGUUGUUGAGAUUUCUUCGAAGUCGAAACCCUGCAGAUGGGCAUGCUAGUUAUGGUAUCCAAAUGGCUGUGAGCUUAGCAAUUGGUUUCUUGUUUCUUGGUGGUGGAAUGCAUACUUUCUCAACAAGCAAUACUGCUAUUGCUUCUCUACUGAUUACUCUCUAUCCACGCUUACCUAAUGGACCAAAUGACAACCGUUGCCAUCUUCAGGCAUUCAGGCACUUGUACGUCCUUGCUGCUGAAGCUCGCUGGGUGCAAACAAUUGAUGUUGAUACUGGUCUUCCUGUUUAUGCACCUCUUGAGGUGACUACUGUAGAAACAGAAAAUUAUGCGGAGACAAGCUUUUGUGAGAUCAGUCCUUGUAUUCUGCCAGAACGUGCUGUUCUGAAGACAGUACGAGUUUGUGGACCCAGGUAUUGGCCUCAAGUCAUAGAGCUUGUUCCUGAAGAUAAACCCUGGUGGAGUUCUGUCGACAAGAACAACCCAUUUAACUGUGGCAUCAUUUAUAUCAAGCGAAAAGUUGGAGCUUGUUCCUAUGUCGAUGAUCCUAUUGGAUGUCAGUCAUUGUUGUCACGGGCAAUGCACAAGGCGUGUGAUUUGACAAGUCUGAGAGCUUGUACUGCAAGUAUAAGAGGAAAUGAUGAACCUGGUUCAUUUAAGGUUGAUCAGUUGGUCAGUACUUUCUCAACUGAUCCAAGCUUAAUAGCUUUUGCACAACUGUGUUGUGACCCUUCCUGGAACAGCAGAUCUGAUGUUGAUUUCCAGGAAUUUUGUUUGCAAGUGCUAUUUGAGUGUGUGACCAAGGACAGACCGGCUCUUUUACAGGUUUAUGUCUCAUUAUACACAACACUUGGAUCAAUGGCUGAGCAGGUGACCAGUGGAAAUGAUAUUCUAGGCGACUCACUAUUUAUCUCUAGUCUGAAGCUUGCACUAUCCUAUGGUGAUGCUUUGACCAAUGGAAGGUUGAGCACUUCAAGAGGAAGCAUUCUUCAAUCUAUCUUCAUUGGAUCUAUCAGGAAGCGUGUGGAAGAGAUUCUGAAUUAUUCUCAAAGAAUGAAAGAUGAUCUUUAUGAUUAUUUGAGUUCAGGUAGGUGGCCACACUGGCAGUCUGAAGGAAUGAUCAAUACCAUGCUACUUUCGUGGUUUCUUAAGUGGUUUGAGGUGCCUCCUCAUCUUGUUGUCAAGUCUGCUGUGGAGAAAAUCAAGCCCAGGAUCAAGACUUCAUCUUCAAUUCCCAUGCUGCAGAUGCUGUUUCCACAAACUCACAUUAAUGCAAUCAUUGAGAUUGAUAACUUGUUUUCAAGAGUAAAUAGUUGAGUUUAAGAUUUUGGCUCAUGGACAAGUUAUCAUGGACAAGCAGGGAAUUUACACCCACUAGUUGCCCCUCCGCGGCUGGAAUUCUGUCAUAUAUGUCAUGCAUGUGUAACUUAGUGAGGGGGCCAAACUCAUUUGGUUCCACCUUCCCCAUCCCGCACCCAAAUUUCUUUGUAUGAACUAAAGUACUAGGGCAUGCCCCGAGCCAUCAUCAGUGAUGGGGCCCUAGGUUCUGAGCAGAAGUGUUCAAACAGUUAUUGUAUAUUUGGGUUUUUUUUUUUGUUGGGGGGGGGGGGGGUUGGGGGUGGGUUGUAAUUUAUGAAGGGGUAUGUAACAUAAAAUUUAAGGGAGUCUUGUGGCAUUUUUUUCCCCCGAGGUCGUUAAUGUAAUAAUCCUGGAGUUUCCAUCUGAGGCAAUUCUCCAAUUAAAAGAAGUAAUUAUGGAUUUUAGUAGUAAGAAUUCAUGCAAUAUGUUAUACUCUCCCUUGCACAAGGUUAUCAUAUUAUGAUAUUUUACCUCCAUUGUUUGUUA